CGGGGGCUGCGGCUCGCGGCGCGGAUCCUGCUGUCUUGUGCGCUCGGCGCGCGGCUCCGGAGAGGCGCCCGCAGCCCCGGGCGGCGCGCGAGGUCUCGCCUGCGCUCUGAGAUUUUCUGAUACAAUGGCAACCCCACGGGGGAGGACAAAGAAAAAAGCAUCUUUUGAUCAUUCUCCAGAUAGCCUUCCUUUGAGGAGCUCCGGUAGGCAGGCGAAGAAAAAGGCCACAGAGACGACAGACGAGGAUGAAGAUGGUGGGUCAGAGAAGAAGUACAGGAAAUGCGAAAAAGCCGGCUGUACAGCCGCGUGUCCCGUGUGCUUUGCAAGCGCUUCUGAAAGAUGUGCCAAAAAUGGCUACACAUCCCGGUGGUAUCACCUCUCCUGUGGGGAGCAUUUCUGUAAUGAAUGCUUUGACCAUUACUAUAGAAGCCAUAAGGAUGGAUAUGACAAAUAUACUACAUGGAAAAAAAUAUGGACUAGCAAUGGAAAAACUGAACCUAGUCCCAAAGCUUUCAUGGCAGACCAGCAGCUCCCCUACUGGGUUCAAUGUACAAAACCUGAGUGUAGAAAAUGGAGGCAACUUACCAAGGAAAUCCAGCUGACUCCACAGAUAGCAAAGACGUACCGAUGUGGUAUGAAACCAAAUACUGCUGUUAAGCCUGAGACCUCAGAUCAUUGUUCGCUUCCAGAGGAUCUAAGAGUGUCAGAAGUUUCCAACCAUUGGUGGUACUCCAUGCUCAUCCUACCUCCUUUGCUGAAAGAUAGCGUGGCAGCACCCCUGCUCUCUGCCUACUACCCCGACUGCGUUGGCAUGAGCCCGUCCUGCACCAGCACACACCGCGCGGCCAGCGACACCAGUCCUGGGAAGCUGGAGCACUCCAAGGCAGUCCCCUCUGUGCUGGUUCCAGGCAUGAACCGGUACUUCCAGCCUUUCUACCAGCCCAACGAGUGCGGCAAAGCCUUGUGCGUGAGGCCAGACGUGAUGGAGCUGGAUGAGCUCUAUGAGUUCCCAGAGUAUUCCCGAGACCCCACCAUGUACCUGGCUCUGAGGAACCUCAUCCUCGCCCUGUGGUAUACUAACUGCAAGGAAGCUCUUACUCCUCAGAAAUGUAUUCCUCACAUCAUCGUCCGGGGUCUCGUGCGCAUCCGAUGUGUUCAGGAAGUGGAGAGGAUACUUUAUUUUAUGACGAGGAAAGGUCUCAUCAACACAGGAGUUCUCACUGUCGGCACUGACCAGCAUCUUCUUCCUAAAGAUUAUCACAACAAAUCAGUCAUCAUUAUUGGGGCUGGUCCAGCAGGAUUAGCAGCUGCUAGGCAACUGCAUAACUUUGGAAUUAAGGUGACUGUCCUGGAGGCCAAAGACAGAAUUGGAGGCCGAGUGUGGGAUGAUAAGUCUUUCACAGGCGUCACAGUGGGACGAGGAGCCCAGAUUGUCAACGGCUGUAUUAACAACCCAGUAGCACUCAUGUGUGAACAACUUGGCAUCAGCAUGCAUAAAUUUGGAGAAAGAUGUGACUUAAUUCAGGAAGGUGGAAGAAUAACUGACCCCACUAUUGACAAGCGCAUGGAUUUUCAUUUUAAUGCUCUCUUGGAUGUGGUCUCUGAGUGGAGGAAGGAUAAGACUCAGCUCCAAGAUGUCCCUUUAGGAGAAAAGAUAGAGGAGAUCUACAAAGCUUUUAUUAAGGAGUCUGGAAUCCAAUUCAGUGAGCUGGAGGAGCAGGUCCUUCAGUUCCAUCUCAGUAACCUGGAAUAUGCCUGUGGCAACAACCUCCAUCAGGUGUCUGCUCGCUCCUGGGACCACAAUGAAUUCUUUGCCCAGUUUGCCGGUGACCACACCCUCCUCACUCCCGGAUACUCCGUCAUCUUGGAAAAACUGGCAGAGGGACUGGACAUUCGGCUCAGAUCUCCAGUACAGAGUAUUGAUUAUUCUGGAGAUGAAGUGCAAGUUACCACUACAGAUGGGACAGAGUGUACAGCACAAAAGGUGUUAGUGACUGUGCCCCUGGCCUUACUGCAGAAAGGUUCCCUUCAGUUUAAUCCACCAUUGUCAGACAAGAAGAUGAAGGCUAUCAACAGCUUAGGUGCAGGUAUCAUUGAAAAGAUUGCCUUGCAAUUUCCCUAUAGAUUUUGGGACAGUAAAGUUCAAGGGGCUGACUUUUUUGGUCACGUUCCUCCUAGUGCCAGCAAGCGAGGGCUUUUUGCCGUGUUCUAUGACAUGGAUCCCCAGAAGCAGCACAGCGUGUUGAUGUCGGUGAUCGCGGGGGAGGCGGUGGCUGCCGUCAGGAGCCUGGAGGACAAGCAGGUGCUGCAACAGUGCAUGGCCACCCUGCGCGAGCUCUUCAAGGAGCAGGAAGUCCCAGAUCCCACGAAGUGUUUUGUCACCCGGUGGAGCACAGACCCCUGGAUCCAGAUGGCAUACAGCUUCGUGAAGACAGGGGGCAGUGGUGAGGCCUACGACAUCCUUGCUGAGGAAAUACAAGGAACCAUUUUUUUUGCUGGCGAGGCAACAAACAGGCAUUUUCCACAAACUGUUACAGGGGCAUAUUUGAGUGGUGUUCGAGAAGCAAGCAAGAUUGCGGCAUUUUAAACAAUUUAUCUGGACCCAGCUUUCUUCUCCCAAAUGGGAGAGUCUGAAAAACAUGUUAAACCUCACUUUGAUAAAAUCAAACAAACAAAAAAUCCUCUCUGGGUAGCAAAACUGAAAUGUUCUAAGGUGGCAUGGUAAUGUAAACCCAUUUUACCACUCUGAAAGCACUAGCCCCAAGAAUCCUUCUGUAAGCACUUAUAUUUAAUGGCAUUUUCCACAGGUCUGACUAGCGCUAAAUCUUCCGGAUCUCAGAAUAAGGCAGAAUAUAACCUUAAAUUAAGACCUUGGAUAUGAUCCUUCCAUGGUUGGAGAUUCCCUUUAAAUCUGACAUUUUUUUGGCUGACCAAU